CGAUAACAGGCAAAGCUAAUGCGCGAAAUUAGAGCCCGCAUCCCGUCCCAUGUUGCCACUCCUCCAAACUCCGAAAACCAAUCACCUUUCUUCUCGUAAAUGACCAAACUUUACGCUUCUUACAUGGCAAUCAGUUAUGGGUCGGUCUUAGGUACCCGAUUUCCCUGCAAACUGCGGCUGUUACAAACCCGAAAACAAAAAAUAAAAAGGUCCGGUUAAUGACUUUCUAGGAUGAUUAAACUAUUACUUUAAAUUAUAUAAGAAGAAGAAAUCUCCAUAGCUCUCAUUAAACCCCUCACCAACGCCAUCAAAAUCCAAUCUUUUCAAGGAACAGAUAAUCAGGCAAAAGUUCCAGGAUAUAUGGAAGAAGCGCAAAAGCCAAAAGGACAGGUAUUUUCUUUUUUUUAGGUUUGGGGAAGAGAGUUAAAAUGCCACGGGACGAUAUAGAGAGCAGGGGAGGAGAGGUGAAGAGAAAUAGCAAUACCAAUACUGAUUCCAGCAGCGGUUACACAUCUUCAUCAAAUUACCUGAUAGAGGAUACAGAGACGCAAUGGACAUCGUGGUUGGUGCCUAUGUUCGUGGUGGCUAAUGUUGCUGUUUUUAUUGUUGUUAUGUAUGUCAACAAUUGUCCGAACCACAGGCAUACAAGGCUUGUAGGCAAGUGUGUGGCGCGGUUUCUUGGUCGGUUUUCUUUUGAGCCUUUGAGAGAGAAUCCUCUCUUUGGUCCCUCUUCUUCUACAUUGAAGAAGUUGGGAGCUCUUGAGUGGACCAAAGUUGUGCUUAACCAUCAAGGAUGGAGGCUUAUUACCUGCAUCUGGCUGCAUGCUGGUGUUAUUCAUAUUCUGGCAAACAUGCUGAGCCUCAUCUUCAUUGGCAUACGCCUUGAACAACAGUUUGGUUUUGUGCGGAUUGGAAUUAUUUAUCUCUUGUCAGGAUUUGGUGGAAGUGUGCUAUCCUCUCUAUUUGUCCGGAACAACAUCUCUGUUGGUGCCUCUGGUGCUCUUUUUGGACUUCUUGGUGCAAUGCUUUCUGAACUUAUUAUAAACUGGACCAUAUACACAAACAAGGCUGCAGCUCUGCUCACUCUUCUGGUCAUCAUUGCCAUUAACCUUGCAAUAGGAAUUUUGCCACAUGUUGAUAAUUUUGCACAUAUUGGUGGAUUUUUAACUGGAUUCCUCCUUGGGUUUGUUCUUCUACCUCGUCCUCACAUUAGGUGGUUACAGCGUUCGAAUCUUCCAGCUGGUACUCGUUUGAAAUCCAAGUACAAGCCUUACCAAUAUGUCCUGUGGUUGGUUUCCGUGGUGCUGUUGAUUGUAGGAUUCACUGUUGCAUUGGUAAUGCUCUUCAGGGGAGAAAAUGGAAAUGACCAUUGUCAUUGGUGUCACUACUUGAGCUGUGUCCCCACCUCUAGAUGGGAUUGCAAUGAAGACUAGCGCUGAAAAAGGUUCAUCCUGUUUGGAUAUUCCUUUUUUUACAUGUAAUUUGUAAAUGCGUAGUUCUAGCUUAGGAGUGUGAGUGCUGUGUUUUCUGUCAUGGCUUUCUUUAAACAUCAAAAGACUGCUAUUAUUAUUGCUUUUACAUCUCUUUACACAAUUAAAUGUGGAUAUGAUGGAGCCUUCCUAACAACUAAAGGAAAGAAAAAAAAAAUAAAAGGCCAAAAAAUCUCCUUCCCAGCAUGUCACGCCAAAAAACUUACAUUGGCAAAGAGACCAUCUGCAUAAUAUUUCUGCAUCAAUCUAUAUAUUAUAUACUUGAUGCUUUAAGCACCUACUGGUUGGUUAUGUUCAUUCAAGCAGGAAAAAGAAAAAAUGCGACCAUUCAUGUUUACCUAUGCCUGACAUCAGGGGAAAAUAACAAACAAAAAGUUCUUCCUAAAAUUUACAAUGCGCACACACAAACUGGAGACCUUCAAUGUGUAAGACUGACGCGACAACUAACUACGCCUCCACCUCAUCCUCUUCUCUUG